ACAAAUUAACACAAAUUAACACAUCUGAUUUCAAAUGCCAAACAAACGAGAGUGACAAUUAUUGAAAAAAGAACACAGUCCAUUUACUGUUUUAUUUCGCUGCCCAAAAAUACCGUUAACAAAGUCUGCAGUCGUUCGUUUUUUAUUUUUGCAAAUAUUGCUGGUCCACAGUCCAUUUACUGUUUUAUUUCGCUGCCCAAAAAUACCGUUACCAAAGUCUGCAGUCGUUCGUUUUUUAUUUUUGCAAAUAUUGCUGGUCCACAGUCCAUUUACUGCUUUAUUUCGCUGUCCAAAAAUACCGUUACCAAAGUCUGCAGUCGUUCGUUUUUUAUUUUUGCAAAUAUUGCUGGUUCAUGUUGCAAAAAUAAAGCAAUCGUCAGUUACGACGAUGGUGCGAUAAAAAAAAUAUUAUUUACCGUUUUUUCACUCGAAAUAAGAACAAAAUAUUAUUAAAAUUAUUCUUUAUAUCGUGCUAGUUGAGACAUAUUAAAGCAUACAUAUUCAUUUAAUAAAUACACUAAAAGAAAAAUUGAUACUUGAAUACAUAAAACUUGUUUUUUCCUAUAGGAAGGCAAUUUUUAAUUUUAAAACAUUUCCGCGCCGUCUUCCCAUCAUCCAAUUGUCCCCAAAUUUUUUUUUAAACAUUUUUACAUAAAAAGGAAAGAAAUUAGCCCAUUCUGUUAACUUAAAACACUAUUUCAAAAAUCUCCAUAUAACGUGGAACACCUCUAAUAUAUAUAUAUAUAUAUAUAAUUGUAUAUAUACUGGCAUAUACAUAUCUGAUAAAAGGCCUACUUAUGCUUACAUUUGUGUAUCUAAACACACAACAUUAAAAAUCAAAAAAAAAAUUUUUCAAGUAUUCACUUGACAACAUUUUCCGGCAAUACCCCUUAUACUCAACAGUAUAAGCAGGAUUGCGCAAAAAGUAAGCUAAGGCAAUUGCGAAAUUCAAAAAGAGAAAAGAAAAAUAACAAAACCAAACAUACAUACAUAUAUGCCAAUAGUCACCACUCUCAUAUGUACAUACCUUACAUAUCGAAACAAAGUGAGAAACAAAAUUAAUGCGACAUACGCCCACAUGUAUGUAUAAACAGUAGAGGUGUUCUACGUUAUAUGGAGAUUUUUGAAAUAGUGUUUUAAGUUAACAGAAUGGGCUAAUUUCUUUCCUUUUUAUGUAAAAAUGUUUAAAAAAAAAUUUGGGGACAAUUGGAUGAUGGGAAGACGGCGCGGAAAUGUUUUAAAAUUAAAAAUUGCCUUCCUAUAGGAAAAAACAAGUUUUAUGUAUUCAAGUAUCAAUUUUUCUUUUAGUGUAUUUAUUAAAUGAAUAUGUAUGCUUUAAUAUGUCUCAACUAGCACGAUAUAAAGAAUAAUUUUAAUAAUAUUUUGUUCUUAUUUCGAGUGAAAAAACGGUAAAUAAUAUUUUUUUUAUCGCACCAUCGUCGUAACUGACGAUUGCUUUAUUUUUGCAACAUGAACCAGCAAUAUUUGCAAAAAUAAAAAACGAACGACUGCAGACUUUGGUAACGGUAUUUUUGGACAGCGAAAUAAAGCAGUAAAUGGACUGUGGACCAGCAAUAUUUGCAAAAAUAAAAAACGAACGACUGCAGACUUUGGUAACGGUAUUUUUGGGCAGCGAAAUAAAACAGUAAAUGGACUGUGGACCAGCAAUAUUUGCAAAAAUAAAAAACGAACGACUGCAGACUUUGUUAACGGUAUUUUUGGGCAGCGAAAUAAAACAGUAAAUGGACUGUGUUCUUUUUUCAAUAAUUGUCACUCUCGUUUGUUUGGCAUUUGAAAUCAGAUGUGUUAAUUUGUGUUAAUUUGUGCGAAAUUGUGAUUAUUUAAUAAAAAAAAGAAAUGAGUGAAUUACCAGCAACUGCGAGUACAUUACAUAUACAAACACGACAACGUUCUAAACAAGUUGUGAAUAUUGAACUAAUUGGAAGAAUAUCUCAUCAGAUAACAGGUGCUAAACUACCAUCGAACAAACAAGUACUGCAAUUACUAUUUUAUAACAUUAGAUUUGUGUAUCGGCAAUUGAGAGAAAGUGCAAAAUUAACAAUAAAUGCUGUAUUAAAAUUUGGCAACAAGCUCGAAUUCCGACAAAAGAUGUAGCUAGGUGUGUCGAUAAAUUAGAAUCUCUGUACAAAUUAUGGCAGAAGAUUCAAAAACCCGUACCAAAUAAGAGAUCUGAUGCUCAGAAAAAAUUGUUGAAGACUUUUCUGCAGUAUUGGAUAAUUUGUUUGACAUUGCUCAUAGAGAUGCCUUACAAAACAUGCGUAUUAGCGACGACAAGGAAUUUUUGAUUCUACAAAGGCAAAAAGGUCGCCCUGGUAGCAUGGCCGGUGCUGACAUGGUAUUGUAUCGGCGACAAAACAGAGCAGAUCACCGCAUUGAGAAAGAAAUGUCUAGAAAAAGGAAACAUCAACAAAUGUCGGAAGUGAAUCUCGAACUCAACGACGAUUUUGGUAUGGACUAUGAAGAAGAUAUUGGUGACAGUGAGCCUGAAGUAGCGGAAACCAAUGUGAAAAAAAUACAGAACAAACUGCUUCAACUUGUAUUAACAGGGGAAGAAAACAUUUUAUCACACCGCGAUUGCUUUCAGCACUUGAUAGCGCCAAACUAAGCGAUGGAAAGGCGAUGCACAUUCUGAUGGCGACUGCAGAAGCAUUGGGCCAUUGCACUAGCGACUUGGUAGUCAAUCGUUCUACUCUCCAUAGACUGAGGGAAGAGCAUCGCAGAAAAGAAACACAGAGGAUUCAAGAGAGUUUUAUUGACAAACUAAGUGAUACACAAGCAAUGGUCGUCCACUGGGAUGGUAAAGUAUUGCCAGAUCUAAUUGAAAAAAUAAAAGUUGAGCUAAUUGCAGUUCUUGUUAGUUAUAAUGGCGAAUCCAAAUUUCUAGGCGCUCCAAAACUUAUAUCUGCCACUGGUGAAAAUAUAGCUACAGCCGUUUUUGAUACACUUAGUAAAUGGAAUAUUUUAGAUCGCGUAGAAGGCAUGUCUUUUGACACCACGUCCACUAAUACUGGUCCAAUGAAUGGAGCAUGCGCUCAAUUGCAACGCAUGUUAGGAAGAAAUUUGUUGACGUUACCAUGCCGUCACCAUAUUCUAGAAAUAUACUUACGUAGUGUAUUCGACCUGCAUUUCAAAGUGACUCAAGCACCAGAAGUCUCAAUUUUCGAGAGAUUUGCCAAAGCCUGGCCAAAUAUUGAUACUUCAUCAUUUAAGAGUGGGCUCGACUGUGAAGAUAUAAAAUCUCAUAUAAGUGAUGGCAUCUGCAAUGACAUCAAACAAUUUUGUCAUUCACAAUUACAAAAAACUUUUGUUCGUGCUGACUGCAAAUUUUUACGUCUAGUACUUACAUUUCUUGGUGACAAAGGUGGUAAAUUUAAAACACCCGGAGUUACAAGUCAUGCACGUUGGAUAACAAAGGGAAUAUAUUCCUUGAAAAUAUUUCUUUUUCGUGAUCAAUUUCACUUGAGUAAAGCUGAAUUAAAAGGCUUAAGUCAAAUUUGCGUUUUUUUAGUGCGUUUAUAUAUAAAAGCUUGGUACAAAUGCUCUAAUGCAAUUACCUCUCCCCUGCAUGAUUUAAACUUUGUAAAAGAAUGUAUUAAUUAUGAAAAAGUGGACCCAAGUAUUUCUUCGGAAUUGCUGAGAAAAAUGCAACAACACAUGUGGUAUUUGUCAGAGGAAAACGUCGCAAUGGCUUUCUUUGAUUUCAAUGUUUCUGUAGAUGUUAAGAAAAAAAUGGUAAAAAAUUUAAAAUCAGAAGAGCCAACUAUUAAACUACAAAACAAUCGCAAAAUAAAAAAAUUAAGUGACUUAGGCAAUUCGGAUUUAAGCGGAUUUGUAUCCAAAAGAACUUUAACAUUUUUUAUGAUGUACAAGUUGUCAACCAACUUUUUGUAUUUGGAUCCAGAGUCUUGGGAAACAAACGAGGAAUUCCAAAAUGGUCGCACAAUAUGCCACAAAUUGCUUGUUACUAAUGAUACAGCGGAAAGAGGUUUAAAAUUUAUAAAGGAUUUCAAUACUUUUCUUACAAAUAAAGAAGAAGAAAAACAGUUCCUCCUUAAAGUUGUUGAAGAACACAAAAAAAAAUAUAAGUCCUAUAAAAAAUCAGAAUUAAUUUAAGUUUUAAUAUUUCUAGAUGUAUUAAAUAAAUUGAUAUGAAUAAAAAUAUUUCCUUUAAAUAGUAGUUUUAAGUUAAUAUAAUGCAAAAAAUUGGAGAAAAAUAAUACACUAAAAGAAAAAUUGAAUACUUGAAUACAUAGAACUUGUUUUUUUGCUAUAGGAAGGAAAUUUUUAAUUUUAAAACGUUUCCGCGCCGUCUUCCCAUCAUCCGAUUGUCCCCAAAUUUUUUGUUUAACAUUUUUACAUAAAAAGGAAA